ACUUGAACCAGAUUGAACAUCUCUGGAGAGACCUGAAAAGAGCUGUGCAGCGACACUCUCCAUCCAACCUGACAGAUCUUGAGAGGAUCUGCAGAGAAGAACAGGAGAAACUCCCCAAAUACAGGUGUGCCAAGCUUGUAGUGUCAUAUCCAAAAUUCUUGAGGCUGUAAUCGCUGCCAAAGGUGCUUCAACAAAGUACUGAGUAAAGAGUCUGAAUAGAAGUGUGCCCCAUUCUCCAACAGAACAGAGCCUCCCAGAGAUUCAUUACACAACAGGAAAGUAUCACCAUGACGAUGUUGACCAUAUUUCUGCUUCUCAGCACUGCCUUUGCUCUUGGUGAUACAAGGGAUCUGAAUGACACAGAGAAUCAAAUUAUUGAGAAUCUGAUACGCAACCUGCCAAUCGAGUCUGAGGAGAUGGGAGCGAAGGAGAAGCGGGAACUACAAACCAGGAGUUGCCCACCUAGUUGGCACAGAUAUGAGACACACUGCUAUCACUACGUCCCCAUCAUGGCCAAAUGGCCAGAGGCAGAGCAUUACUGUUUGCUAUUGGGAGGUAACCUGGCGUCAGUACACAGCCUCUCUCAGUAUAACUUCCUUCGGUCAGUCAUCCAAAGUGGUGCCAACGGAGCCCAGCGCACCUGGAUUGGAGCCAACGAUGCCAUCAAGGAGGGUCUUUGGCUGUGGAGCGAUGGGUCCAGGUUUAGCUACCAGAACUGGGGCCAGAGGCAACCUGAUAACUACAUCCAUUUUGCUGGGAACGACAACACAAAUGGCCGUGAGCAUUGUAUGGAGAUGAACUAUGGAGAUGACUUUGGGCAGAAUGAUGCAGCCUGCUGGACGCAACUUCCAUUCAUGUGUUCCAGAAGGCUGUAAUAUCGACCGAUUGGGAGAGAAUUCAUGUGCUAACGUUACUCCCCUGGUUGGUCUGUCAUCAUGUUUCGUGUACUUUUAGAUUCUUGCUGAUUUCAUUCAGGUGAUUGUAUUGCCUUAUCUUGAUAAUUGAUGAUUGCUGAUUAUGUGAAGUGACUUUGGGUGUCUAAAAACCACUUAAAAUAAAAUGUAUUAUUACAUCUGA